UGUAAAUUUCUUACGAGUAAUUAUUUUACUCUCUUUUAUCAUGAUAGGUUUGGAAAAUAUAUUUGUUUACUCAUAUGAACGUCAUCCUGUUUAUCUUUGCCAUUUCAUCAAUUUAUGAUAGAUUCACAAGAUUAUUUUCCACCAAUAUAUUAAUAUAUUUCAUGUAUAGUAGAUGUUCCUUAUAUUGCUACAGGAAUCGCUUUGUAUCCUACCAUUUUAAACAUUAUCAUUUAAAGAGAUGUCCUUCCGACCUUAAUUUGUCAUUUCUUUCAACUAUCAGAUCCCUUGUUUCUUCCAAACCAGAUAAUCAAACAACAAACACAACCAGUGUUGUCGAAAAGCGAGGAUAUAAUCAGAUAUUACAGUCAAUAAUAUGGCCGAUUUUAAAUAAUAGAUGGAUUAAUACUUUGAGAACAUUUAAUGGUUCAUUAGACUAUCAGGAAUAUAACAUCGAUAAUAAUAUAUCACAAAUGCAAAGUAAUAAUUAUGCAAUAGCUAGGGUCCCGGAAGAGGGAGACAAGUUGUACCUAACCCUCUUUUGGAAUGACCGGAAGCUUAAAAUGGAAAGAGAUAAGUCCGAAACAAUCGGCGUUACACUAGCAAGAAUGAAACGUAAUUUAUUAAAAACUGGAAAUGGGAAAAGUAACACACAUAUAGAUAACCUGUCAGAGUACUCAGUAUCAUUUCUGACAAACCUCUUCAAAACAUUUGAUGAGAGUUCAAAUUGUAAGGAAACAAUACUAAAAUCCUCCUUUAUAUCAAUAAAUGAUAAUUUACUCAAGUUGUUCACAAACGUCCCCCAGCUGGAUAAGGUUAAGCUGUUACAAACGUGUAUGGUAGACUGUCCUGUCCCUGUGACAAUAAGAGAUGAAGAGGAAAACAACUAUUCACAUGUCUUUGUGGAAUGGCUCGAUUCAGAAGGUAACCUUCUGAGUAACGAUUUGCAAUAUAUUCCAAGGUUAUCUGACCUGGGCAAAACCAUAAAGGCAAGAGUAACAAACUCACUUAUGAAAUAUGAUAUAUUCGAGUCAAACUUAUCAAGAAUUGAAUUAUCACCGAAUUGUCAGUGGCAAUUUGAACGUAUAUCGAAAUUCAAUUCUUCGCCAAAAAACCAUGUUUCCAACUCAUUACAGGACCCGAACUACGAUACCAGAGUCGUUUCAUUCAACAUUCUAUCCCCAACAUAUUUGACGUCAACAGACCCGUCAUCAACAUUCUUCCCGUAUUGCCCGGCGGAAUUCUUAGACUACAACUAUAGAAACCAGCUAAUUGGGAGGGAAAUUAACUACCUGGACCCAGACAUUCUGUGCCUUCAGGAGUGUUCACGUAAAGUCUAUAACGAUUAUUUAAAGUUUCUGUUCGACACAAAAUAUCAUUCAUGGCUUACUGUAAAGGGUGGAAACGCAGGAGAAGGAUGCGCAAUUUUUGUUAAGCGGAGCAUGUUUACUCCCCUCGAACUCCAUGACCUCUACUUUAAAGAUGUGGUAAAAUCAGAUGAAUAUAACGAAAUCACAAAUAAAUUGUGUACAAAAUGGCUCUCCUACGGCGAAAACUACUUUGACAAGUAUCACACUGUGUUCCAGUUUGGAUGUUACCGAAACAAAAGGACAAAUAAAUAUCUUUUCGUGGCAAAUACGCAUUUAUACUUUCACCCAAUGGCGGGACAUAUAAGGCUCCUACAAACCUAUGUAAUGCUAAAUGAGCUAGAGAAGUUUAAAAUAAGAGCAGCUGACAAACAUGGUUUCGAUGUUAACAGUGAUUCAUACACAUUGAUGUGCGGAGAUUUUAAUUCAUUCCCCAAUGAAUCUAUUUAUAACCUAAUCUUAACAGGACAUGUUUCAUAUAAUCAUCCAGAUUGGUCCUUAGGGGAAAGAUUUGUUUAUGAUAAGAGUUUUUUGGUGUGUGAUGGGUUUGAAAGAUUAAUUGAACCAGUUGAAGUAUAUGAGGACGAUCUGAACAAAAAUGAAAGUUUACAAGUUAGAAAUUAUCAAGGUUAUUCUGAUUCAUAUGACCAGAAACAACUACCCUUCACUAACUAUUGCCAAGUAUUCAACGGAACACUGGACUUUAUUUUCCACUCCAAUAAUGUCAAGGUGAAGAGGAAUAUGCCAGGAAUCAAAGCAGAAGAAGCAUCAGAAUACAUUGGAUUGCCCUCAAAACUUUAUCCAUCAGAUCACCUAUCAAUCGCUGCUGAUUUUUAAGAUCUUCUGACUAAUUUGUUGUAUACUAGUAA